UCAAGCCGGCCGUGAUUCGAGAUGGAGUCUCGGAGCAUGCGAUCAAGCCUACAAUUGCUCGGCUUGAGAAGAAGAUAGCCUCUGGGGAAGUCUUUGCCAACCAAGGCCAGGACAGUGCGUCGCGAUACAAAUGGACGACGGAUUAGAAACUCCCGGUUGCCCGUUCAGAUGUGACCUCACGAGCGAUGGAAGCAGAACUCUUGCACCGAGGCAUCAAGACGGACAGGCAGUACGGCAAUUUUUGGUAUAACCUCAUGAUGAGAUACUCUCAUCUGGCGGGAUCGACUGUGCCGUUGUUCACGAUGAAGAAGCAGUCACUGGAUGACUUUGUCGAGGAGAGCAUGAACAACCGACGAGACCUGGCGCCAAAGUCGAAGGACUGUGACAAAAAGCCAGCCAAGCCAGAAGGGGUUGAAGCACUCAAGCUCUGGGGCGCUGGGGAGACGGACAACGAGAGUUCGUCAUCAGGGUCCGACAGCGAGGAAGACCUGGUUGCGAAGAUGCACGCCGUGACGAAGAAGCAGAGGGUUCGGGACGGAGCGGGCAGCAGUCUUGGUAGAUGAUUUUGGGUGGUGAUAGGGGCUGAUUGCGAUGUCAUUUCGAUGUUGACGUUGGGUUGAAGUGACGCACGUGAUUGUGCACUCUUUU